ACUCUUCGAAUGCAGCACUGGGGGCCUCGGGCAUUCUCGCAUCAAGGGUAUCUACAGAGAGUGCCUAGCUUUGAGCACCAAGAUUAUCAGCACAGGCAAUUCUCCAAUCAACCACGCAGUUCCCCCGAGCAGUCGUCUUUGUUGUCCAGUCCGUGAAAAAGAUGGUCCUCCGUCUAGCAAGGCUUUCUGACCUUCCAAUCAUCUCCGAGAUCUUGGCCGUCGGUUUCCACGAUGAAGAGGUUGUCGGUCCGCUCCUACACCCCUUCCGCGAUCAAUACCCCGAAGACUACUUGAACUAUUGGAGACGACGAUGCCGUGAACGGUACUGGGAUUACAGCCGGGUGUUCCUGGUCAGCUGCGAGAAGGAUCCCAGAACUGGAGGCGAAAUCGUGGUCGGCGUGGCAGAGUGGCAACGAGUCGGUUUCGGAUGGGCCAAGGUCUGGGGCCUGAGAGGCUUUUGGGAUCCACGGAGGUUGAUCGAACCCAUCAUCUCGACCUUCCAUAGAAUACUGUCAAUCUGGAGCCCCAAUCGCGCAGCUGCGCGCGCAGAUCCGUCCGACUCAUUCCCCCUGACGCCGACGACCCUGCAAAGCACUCUCUGGCCGUUCAUUUCUCACUGCUACCUCUCGCCCCCUCACCGACUGACGCGAUGGUCCCUCGACUGCAUCUCCGUGCGCCCGGAAUCCCGGAAAUGCGGUAGCGGGCGCGAGCUGGUCGCCUGGGGCCUGGAACGGGCCCGGGAAGAGGGCAUCCCCGCCUGCGUCAUGGCCGCCGCGGACAAGGAGAGGUUCUAUCAGCGAUGCGGGCUGACCGAGGUCGCGGGCUGGGCCAACGACGGCGUCGACGACCAGGGCAGAGUCAACCCUCUGAAGGGCCGAAUCAAGGGAGGAUGUAUUUUGUACACGCGGGUGCGAGAAGACGACGAAGGGGGAAAGACUCGUCUUAAACAUGAAUGA